AUAGCGUUCCUGCUGACAGCUCGCUAUUUCGGUAACAUCAAACUUGUACCGCGUUGUGCAAAGAUUACCAAACCGUGAAACAUGCGUGCGUUCACUCAAGGUGUGGAUAUUUUAAACAGUAAAUUUUGAUUGGAUUUUAUUGUUAUGAAUGAUGGCAUACCCUUCCCGUGCACCACCGCCGAUUCCACGAUAUAAUCGCGCUGCUGGAGGCAGUGGAGGACAGGGUCAUUCCGGCUCGCCUGGUUACGCUAAUGAGCCGCUGCAACUUCAGACGACACCGGCCCCGAGCCACUCACACCUGAGUCACCUGUAUAAUGGCCCGGGGGUUGGACCAGCACAAAUAAGUCCAUCGAAUAGGAGUCCAAGAUAUAAGGAUGCAAGUGACGCUCAUAAUAGGUUUCAUCGAGGAUCUAGCAACUUUGAUCAGAUUAGAAUGGACUGUCUACGUCGGGGAAUCAUGUUCGAGGAUCCAGACUUCCCAGCCAAUGAUACUUCAUUAUACUACAGCAGGACACCACCUUACAGAUUUGAAUGGAAAAGACCAGGGGAGAUAUCAGGCUACAGUAGACAAAAGCCCUCUUUCUUCAUAGAUGGCGCAACAAGAUUUGAUGUGAAGCAGGGAAGUCUAGGUGAUUGUUGGGUGGUUGCUGCUGUUGCCUGCCUCACUAGUCCUGACCACCAGGAGUUGUUCCGUCGGAUAGUUCCGGCUGACCAGGGGUUCCAGGAUGGCUGGUAUGCUGGUCUGUUUCGGUUCAACUUCUGGCAUUUUGGAAAGUGGAAGGAGGUUAUUGUUGAUGAUAGAUUACCAACAUACAGGGGAGAACUGAUGUUCAUACAUUCGCACCAGAAAACAGAAUUUUGGGGAGCUCUGCUGGAGAAAGCUUAUGCCAAAUUGUAUGGUUCAUAUGAGGCCUUAAAGGGAGGUAAUGUUGCUGAUGCCUUGACAGACUUCACAGGGGGAAUAACUGAGGGUUAUAUUUUACGUGGGCCAAAUACCGAUGUGCCAAGAAAUAUUGUAAAUAUUCUGUUCAAAGCUCUCGAUAGACAGUCAUUGAUUGGUUGUGGAAUAAAUUCCCUGAAAGGGUCAGCUACGGAGACAGAAAUGCCAAAUGGAUUGAUAGCUGGGCAUGCAUACAGUAUUACAGACCUCAGAGAGAUACUGUUGAUGUCAGAUAGAGGCCAGGUACCAGUCACAUUGAUCAGGGUGAGAAAUCCCUGGGGCAGUAGAGUGGAGUGGAGAGGACCUUGGGGUGACAGGUCAGCAGAAUGGAACAGUAUACCUGAUCAUGAAAAGGAGAGGAUGGGCUUGGUGUUCAGGGACGAAGGAGAAUUCUGGAUGGAUUUUAAUGAUUUCUUAAAGAAUUUUGACACAGUUGAUAUCUGUAACUUGACACCUGAUUCCCCAAUAGACAUGCCCCGACAGUGGCACACCACAGAGUUCCAUGGUAGAUGGUUGAAAGGUUUUAGUGCUGGGGGUAGACCUACUCUUAGAGAUACACAUUGGUGCAAUCCACAGUUCCGGGUAACAUUACAAGAUACAGAUGAGGAUGAUGAAAAAAUGUGUAGUUUUAUUAUACAACUAAUGCAGAAAGACAGAAGAAAAAUGAAAAAUAAAGGAGAGAGAUUGGUGUAUAUAGGUUUUGUUGUAUAUAGAUAUAUUUCAAGUCAUCAAUUGCCAUUAAAACGUGACUAUUUUGAUCAUAAUGAUCGUGUUGCUAGCUGUGAUAUGUUUGUAAAUUCUCGACAAAUUAUUCAACGAUUAGUGCUGCCACCUGGUGACUAUAUAAUUAUUCCUUGUACAUAUGAUGUUAAUGAAGAAGCAGAAUUUUAUCUACGAUUCUUCUUUGAGAAUAAAAACUCAUCAGAAGGUACAGAUGAGCCUUCUGAAAAACUAGAGAUCUCAUUACCUCAACCACAACCAGACAAUGAACAGGAGGAGCAGUUCAGGCGCUUCUUUUAUUCUGUCUCUGGAGAGGAUAUGGAGGUUAAUCCUUUUGAACUAUUGAAAUCCUUAAAUGAUGGCCUUAAAAAAGAUUCCUUUCACAAAGACCUGAGCGUGGAGGCAUGCAAGUGUUUUAUUUCUUUACUGGAUGUUGAUAACUCUGGGAAAUUAGGUUAUACAGAAUUCCUAUACCUCUGGAAUCUUUUGCGGUCAUGGAAAAAAUUAUUUUACCAGUUUGAUGGUGAUAAAUCUGGUCUAAUGAGUUCCUUUGAGUUGAGGAGAGCAUUAUUGUCUGCAGGUUUCAAGUUGAACAGCAGCACUUUAGCAGCCCUAGUGUUCAAGUAUUCCAAUGUACACAAUCAAAUUAGUGUAGAAAACUUUUACUGUUGUCUUGCCAAAUUAAUGAAGCUAUUCAAUAUUUAUCAAAAGCAUAGGAAAAAUGGCCAUGCAGCUUUCACAAUAGAAGAGUGGUUAGAACAGUCUCUUUACACUUGAAUCUGCAGAAAAGGCAACUACAGUUGUGAAGGAAUGAGAGAAUGAAGCAUGCAGUAUCUACAGUGAUCUGUGUGUGGUGGACAGUGCUGUUCAAGGACUUCGCAUUUCACUUUAAAUGGCAGCUAUAUACAAUCAUAUUAUGAGAUUUUCUUUGAAAAAGACAUGUUUUGAUUUAUCCACAUAUUAUUACUGUGGGUCAAUUUGGAUUUUUGAUUUAGUUAGUGUUUGAUGUAUUGUUGGUGCAAAUGCAAAGAAUAAGGCCGUAACAAAGUAGAAAUAGCAAAAUAGUAACAUGAUAUAUAGUGUUACAUACAGUUAUAGACAGUGAUCCAGUCUGAUGAUAAACAUUUGUUAAACAGACUGGUUCUAGUUAAUUAUAGUCUGGUUUAGAUGGUGCUUAGACUGGUUUAGACAAGUGGUGGCCAGUAGCUUUUUGACCAUGGGUCAGUUGAUAUUUGAACUGUCUGAAAGGUGUUAUAAAUCUAUCAAUUUUCAAUGUCUUGAUAAAUGAGUACACAUUUUUUGUAAACCUACCAGAAACAGAAGAGUUUGUAUAAGUGUAUAACCAUGGAAACGAAAAUCAGAUCCUUAAACAGGAUGUACUAGUACUUUCUUGGUUUGUAUGGUAUGCUGUUGCCCAAUAUCUGUAUUAGACAGAAGGUUCAGGUAACGUAAUGACCACUUGUCACCACAACUGUGAUCAGUUAUGUGUCGACAUACUAUUAUCUAAACCUGAAAUGUUCUUGACUAUACUGAAAUAUUCAAUAGUUUGAAUCUGCAACAAUUACUUGUUUGACAUUGUUCACAAAUCACCAAGGUUUUAAAUGCUAAAAACGGAGCUCAUUAAAUUAUAUAAAUAUGGUCCCAGUGUAUUGGGUGCCAGAAAAAGAAUAAUACAAAAAUGUAUUUUUAGGCUUUGUUAUGUUUCAUGAUCUUUAAACCUUGUUAUUGAAGAUUGGCAUAGGUAUGGUUAUAGUUAAAUGUUUUGCUAGAGAUAUUUUUACAGAAGAAUUUUGAACAACGAAACCCUGGUGAUAUUUCAUGUGCUGUUUUGAAUGUUUUACUUUUUUCAGUCUUUAAUGAUGAUAUAUUGUUAUGUCAGUAAAAACUUUUUUGAUUAGUGAUGUACAUUGUAGAUGUUAUUUAUUUCUAAUGAAUUUUUUUAUUUUGAUCAAUUUUAUAUAAUAUACAUACAAUAUUUACUGAAUUUUAUAUUACGUGUAGGUCUUAAAUUUGUUUCAUAAAUUUAUUUUAUGAGUAACUGUGACUUGUGAGUAUUUAAUUGGUUUGUCACAACACAAAAAUUCUGGUCAAUGAAUUAAUACACUGAUGAGAUAUAAAAUCGCAACAAACAUAUGCCUGAAUAUACUUUUACUACAAAAAAGCAUUACCUUGAAAUUUUCAACACAUACACAUCUCAAUACUCAAUACAUAUUGUGUUAAUUUUACGGUCUGUUGUGAUGAGUAAAUUUGAAACACAGUGGGUAUAGAGUAUCGAGAUGUUUAUGUGUUGAACAUUUCAAGGUGAUGUUUUUUGUAGUAGAAAUAUAUUCAGGGCUUUGUUUGUUGCGUUUUCAUAUCUUGUCAGUGUACAGUGACAUAACUUAAUAAGGCAGUUGAAUUAUAUUUUGAUAUGAUUCCAUUUUGUUCAAUAUCUGUUUACAGAAAAAAUACAGAUGUAAUUGGCAGAACAGUAGUAAUAACACGUUUUCCCUGUCAAGUUUAUAAACUUUUGAUUUUGUCUAUAUACAACAACACAUUUAAUUUGUCUAUAUUUAUAAACAGCAGUUGAAUAUACUCCAGUCUUAAACCAGAAAUUUAUGUUUUGAAAGAUUAUGUAAGGUAGAUAUUUUGGAAAUAUGGGUAUAAUUUUACAGUUAGUUUUUUACACAGGCACACAUUUAAUUGUCUUACGAAUAACUUUCAUGACAAAAACUUAAUUUUAAUAUUUUAUAAUACCUUUAGUUCAGGAUUGCCAUUUUGUAUCAAUUGAUGUUUGUCCCUGUUUAUAGUUAAGGUGAAUGUUGAAUACAAGACAUUGCCAAAUCACACCAGAUCAAUUGUUCCUAUGCUGUGUGUGUAAACAUUUCAACAUUUACAUGUAUUCUAGUAAAUCAUUUUAUUAUGCCCCUUCAGGUUCUGCUUAUGUUAUUAUGUUGGGGGGACAUCAAGAACUAGAGAAUGCUUCGGUCAGUGGUCAAACUUCAUAAGAUGAUUGCCUAGGGUUUGUAGAUUACCCCUGGGGUCAUUAGGUCAAAGGUCAAGUUCACAGUGACUUUGUUUAAGGUCUUUUCAACCCAGUUGCUUGCCUGAGUCUUUCUCCACCACCAAAUUUUGACCUAAAUUAUGUUGGUGUGACUUAAAACUCUGCAAAACAAACAAACACAAUGAUCUUAAAACUGGAAGUGGGUUUCUGUUUUGAUAACUUGAGAACACUUUACAGAAUGAUUGCUUGCUGUUAGUAUAUGGUUCAUUUUAUCAUAGAGAUCAGUAGGUGGUAUGUCAAGGUCACAUUGAUGUUGAGACUGAAAAAAGUUUCUGAUAAAUAAUUCAAGAAGUCACUGCUUUAUGGCCAUUAAACUUCAUAGGAUGAUUGCUUGUGGUCAGUAAAUUACCUAUAGUGUUUUAUGGGUCAGUAGGUCAAUCUUGACUUUGAAAAUGAUUGCCAAGUAAUAACUAGAGAAUGCUUAGACAUAGAACUGUCAGUCGGCAUAGGAUUAUUAUCUGUAAUGAGAUAACACCCUGUAGUUUAGGGGAUCAGCAGAUGAAAGAACAAUGUCUAAUUGACCAUGAAUCUCAUAUUGUUUUCAACCCCUUAUUCUUAGGACCACCAAACUUUAUACCAAAAUUGUCUAUGGUCAUUUGAUGACCCCUGUUGUUUUUAAUCAUUAGACCAAAGGCUAGGAUCACAACAUGCUUCAAACUUGAAAUUACACACCUCAGACAAGCCGUCAUGUUUACAGACAGGUCUUCAUUUUGUGGUUAAUUGGAUAAUAUUUCAACUUGAGAAUGCCCUUUAAUACACAUAGAAGCAGGUUGUUUUGGGUUUGCAAAUUUCUACCCGUGUAUUUUUGUCAAGUGUUUAUCCCACUGCCAAUUAAUCGAGAUUGCAAUUCAUUUAUGUAUGUUAUCUGUUUUAAAAUGUACUUUCUUUGUUACAAAAUUAUUCAGCCAUGUAUGUACUGUUAAAAAUGUCUGAGAUUUCUUUUCUAUUUUUAUUAAUUGAUUGUAGAUCUAAAGCAUUCCACAAAUUAUAUCAGUUCUUAAAAUCCUUUUAUUUGAAAUAAAUUUUAAUUUUA